CAUAAAACGCAGACCGGAGACCACCCGCAAAGCGGGGCUCGGGGCAUGGCCACCUUGCGGGCAUCCAAGAGCGGGUCUUUGGCCGAGAAGGGGCCCUUCGGGCGCCUGGCCAAGACCAAAACCUGCGUCUGCGCCGCCUCCGCCUCCCUGGGCCGGGAGCGCAGCCGCUUGCUGAAGCUCGAGCAGAGGUGUCUCCAGCGCACGCUGCGCAUUGUGGAGAAGGAGGAAGCUGUCGAGGAUCUGGAGAAUGAGGUGGAGGCUCGGGAGCGGGAGCUGGCGGAGAAGCGGGACGCCUUCUUGCUGGAGGAGCAGCAGGUGGCCCAGAACUUGGAGGCGCUGCAAAAGAGCACGCGGGAGGCUCAACAGCUCCAGGCGUCCCUCGCCGAACGCCAGCAAGAGGUGUUGCAGCGGCAGAAGGUGCAGCAGAAGCAGCGGCAGAAGCUGACGAAGCGGCUGCAGAGGGCCGAAGCGACGGAGGAGCACCUCAAAGAGGAGCGGAAGAACUUGGAGCACAUGGAGGUGGCGGAGCCCGGCGAACCGGACGCCCAGGAGGCCGAGCUCCUGCGCCAGAAGACCGCGGCGCGGAGAGCUGCAGUUGGCGAGGCCCAGGAGCAGCUGGAGGAGCUGCGGAAGGAGCUGCAGGCGUGGCAGGCAAAGCUGGAGCCGGUGCGCCGGGAGCUGCAGAUGAAGGAGGCAGACUUGGACGAGCGGCGGAUCUUCAUGGAGCGCAGCAAGGAGGAGCUGAACCUGCGCGAGCAGCGCCACCUCGAGCAGCGGGCUAUGCGGGAGGCGGAGCUGGAGAAGGUGGCUGCGGCCAAGCUGCAGACCGCAUCCCUCGAGAAGCAGCUGGAGGAGCUUUGGGAUGAGAUCCAUCAACGGCGGCAGAUCCUGCAGGACCUCCUGGCGCAGCGCCGGGACGCCGAGGACGCCGCGGGGGAGCUGAGGCGCUCGGAGGUGGAGGAUCUGCGGAGCGCUGAGCUGGCGGAAAGGGCCUGGCGGGAGCGUUGCACCAGUCUCGUUGCGCGCCGGCGCGAGCUGCUGGCAGAGAUCCAGCACGCGGAGAGAGCCGCGGACAAGGCGGCGGAGGCGGCUCCAGAGGUGCCGAGCUUGUGACAAAAA